GGUUCCGGGCACGCUGGGUUCCGGGGCUGCCCCGCUGCGGCGCGGCGCGGCCCGCGAUGAUCCCGGUGCCGGUGGUGGUGACCGUGCUGGGCGGCUGGUGCGCCGUGUACCUGGCGGACACGCUGCUCAAGUCCUCCAGCUCUCUGAAGGCGUCGUACGAGGACUGGCUGCUGACGUACGGCCUGAGCGUCUCUCCCUUUCACCUGCGCUGGCAAACAGCUCUCUUCAACCGCCACUUCUACAGCUGGGGCAGAUGGAAACCCAGAUUCCUCUACUUCUGGUUCAGUGUAGGAAUGGUGUUUGGAAUACUUGCCAUGUUUGGCUCUGUGAUCCUGCUCGGAAAGACCCUGCUGCAAACUCUGACCCAGAUGCUCACCGAGGCUCCAAAAGCCCAGAAUGAUCGAAUGCUGCAAGUUGUGGUGCCUGGUGUCAAUUUGCCUGUCAGCCAGCUGACCUAUUUCUUCUCUGCAAUCCUCAUCAGUGGUGUGAUACAUGAAGUCGGCCAUGGGGUGGCAGCUAUUCGAGAACAAGUACGAUUUAAUGGAUUUGGGAUUUUUAUCUUCAUUGUCUAUCCUGGAGCAUUUGUUGACCUCUUCACCACUCACUUGCAGCUGAUAUCUCCUGUCCAGCAGUUAAGGAUAUUUUGUGCAGGGGUGUGGCAUAAUUUUGUUCUUGGUGUUGCCAGUUUCAUGGUGCUGUUUCUGCUGCCAGCCAUUCUUUUCCCUUUCUAUUACACGGGUGUUGGGGCCCUUGUCACUGAGGUUGCAGAGGAUUCUCCUGCCAAUGGGCCGAGAGGUCUUUUUGUGGGAGACCUUGUCACUAACCUGCAAGACUGCCCAGUUUAUAAUGUGGAGGACUGGAACUCGUGUCUGGGAGACAUUUCAGAGAAGUCACAGGUCGGCUACUGUGUAAGUGCAGCCACCCUACAGCAGUUAAGCUUUCCAGCUAGAGUCUACAGAAGACUUGAUGGCACAGUUGAAUGUUGUAGUAACAACAGCCUCACAGACAUUUGCUUUUCAUACUAGCAAUAAUAUGCCUGUCUGCCAGCACGAAAAGUUAUCGAAGCCAGCAAAGUGUGUCGAACCAACAUGGACUGCCAUAAGGACUUUGUUCCAAGCUUUUGUGUGACUCCUUCUUUGGAGAACCAAACAAGGCUAAUCAGGGUAAAGCAUCCACCCCAUAUUGACAUGCUGUAUGUUGGACACCCCAUGCAUCUUCAGUACACAGUAAGUCUCAGCAGUUUUGUGCCACGCCAAAACUUUCUAAGUAUUGAUCUGCCUGUGGUGAUAGAGACAUUUUGCAAGUACCUCAUCUCACUAUCAGGAGCACUGGCAGUUAUCAAUGCUGUACCCUGCUUCGCUUUGGAUGGUCAGUGGAUAUUAAACUCCUUCCUGGAAGCCACACUGAGCUCCCUAAUUGUAGAAAAACAAAACAGAGAGCUUGUUGGCUUUUUGAUUUUGCUUGCUGGUAGUGCACUUUUGGCUGCCAAUGUUGCACUGGGACUUUGGAUGGUGACAGCACGAUAGAACAUUGGAUAUUCUUCCAUCAGUUCUGAAAGUACACAGAAAUAAUGAAUCCAUUACUUUUUAAAAUUUGUCCAGUACUGAGAUUGAAAUAAUUCCCUUAAAAUGACACUGAGAGAACAAUCAACUGGGGGUUGCUGUUUUAAUUUAAAACUUUACAACACUAUGCCUGUUCUCAUGGGAAAUCUAAUAGGAAAAUGUAGAAGCCUUUUUAUUUACUCUUUAAGCACUCUUUAGGUAAUACUUUUGGAGAAAUUGAAUUUUAAGAUUUCAUAGGAAAAAAUUAGACUUCAUUAAUUCAGAUCUCAAAAUAAGGGAAUUAUUUUGCCUCAAACAUUUGUAAAGUGGGAGGGAAAAAAGCUAGUUUUAUUUUUUAAUUUAAAUAAUUGUCUGUAUGGGCUUUGAUCAUUUCUCAGUCAGCAUAGUCUUCAGGGACUUGUUUUGGUUUUUUUACUUUAGUAUUCUACCAAACUGGAUUCUGAGAAGCCCAAAAGUCUGAUCUCAAAAUGGAGAAAAGCUAGGUACCAUGUGUUAAAGGGGAGAGAGCAGCCAUUUGGGUGAGUGGCUUUCCUUUUCACCUGCCAAAAUGACUGGAGGAAUGUUGUCCUCAGGAUGUAGAUGAGAAGUGCCAAUGUCUGCUAAAAAUGAAGCAUGUGGGAGGAUAGCAAAGCCCACAUGUUUGUGUUGCUCACACUUUCAGUUGUAUAUUGUCAUACACAGCUGAAGUUUUUUAAAAGGCAAUAUUUGUCAGCAAUAGCUACAAGAUAACUGAAAUUUAGUUUCUGAGUGCUGAAGUAUGCUGUGCACAGUUUUCCUAAGUGAUAUGUAAUGUUCGUGGUGUUUUACUCAGAAAAUAAUAUUGUAUUGUUUUUAUGGUGUCUAUCUUCUGAUGCUAUGCAUGUAAUAUGUACAGUAACUCACUGAUGGUUUUCACAGGCUAAUUUUUUUCGGCUAGAAUUCAUUAAUUCAUUCUGUUCAAAGGUAGCUAACAAAGAUAUUUAGCUGGUCUUAUAUAUUAAUUAUUUAAAGGAAGCAUAUGAUUAUGAUUUGAACUAUUUAAAUAUUUAGCUUUGCUUCCUGGGAUGAAUACAGACCAUAUCCUUGUUCUCAAAUGAACAGUGGAAGAGCAGUCAGUGUUUUACUGACUGAAGUAUGUUUGACAUGCUUUGAAGUUCUUUAGGUCUGUAAUGUUUUGUACCCAGUAGGAUUAUGUAUUGAAUGCCAUUUCCUCCUGUGAUACAUUGCCUAGUUUAUAUAAAUCAGGUUCAGUCAGAGCCUUGCCUCAAUAUAGGCUGAUAUUUAAACAAAAAUGCUCUGGUUUGGGAGCCUAAAUAUUUGAAAUAGGAAAUUGUUGAAAAAUACCCUGCAACUUCUGCCUCAUGCAGUACUCCCCAUAGGAGCUGCUGAAGCUCAGAGUUCCUUUACAAAAAUGACCUUUCCAUCAGGAACUGAAGUGGAACCUAAGCUGAAAGAUCCUGGCUUGCAGGGAGUACUGAAACAUCCAUGACCAGGUAAAAUAGAUUCUUUUGGCACUUGAGGUAAAAGCCUGGGUAAAUUCAAGGUGGGGAGAAGCCCAAUUCUGGUGUUGCUGGACAGUUUCAUUACUCUGUGGUGUUUGCAUUUGCCCACUGAUGUGUACUUUUGCACAGUAGCUUUCACACUUAAGAUGCACUCCUUACUUAUGAUGAUGCAAGCAGUAAUGAGAGACCAUGUCUAUUUAUUUGUUGUUGGCCAGUUUACAUCCCCUUCCAGUGCUGCCACAGGCUGGGUGGGCCCUUGAGGUUUACCUCUGUGGGGUGUCUGGCCUGUGCCUCUCCUUUUCAGUCAUUUCAGCCCAGGCAAAUUGGGACAGGUCCUGGUAGGGGAGGGUAAAUACUCUGAUCCAGUGUCAGCUGGCCCCUUUGGGGACCAUUAAAAGUAACACAAAGUGCAAGAAAGAUAAAACAAACUAUAGUCUAACUUGUCAUCACUCUUGGAAACAUACAGAGGUUUCAGAGUAGCUGUUCUGAUGGGUCACUGUGCCAUCCCUCCAUGGACAGGAGGACAGGAGCAGCCCUGCUCCUGCUCAAGGCCCUGUCUCUGAGGCUCUGUUCCAGACUGCUCUCUCACCUCAGUGGCUCUUUACUGAUCUGAGCUCUUCCUUUCAGUGGCUUUCUACUUGACACUUUCCUCUGUCUCAUCCAAUCUACAGUGCAAAACAUUAAUUUCCACUUGGAAAUUUUAUUAUAGUUUAGUAAGACAGGAUAUUUAGUUUUAAAACUUGUCAAGUUUUAUAUUUAUUUAUUCAUGUUGACUACAAUGGCUUGGAACAAUCCUUUAGCAUCAUGCCUCUCAUGGAGAUGUAGGCAACAGAUCUGGAAAAACCCAAAGCUUCUGAAUUGACAUACACAAAUUUCAUCUGCCAUAAUGAGGCUGGCAGGGCAGACUGUUCCUGGUUAUUUUGUGUGCUACCAAAACAUGAAGUUUUAUCAACUAAAGCUAAAGCCAGUUUACUUUACACAGUCACUGAAAGCCACACUUUCACAAAGUAGAACUUCAGUCUGUAUCUGGCCUCAUAAGCAAGAAGAGGAUGGGGAACACAUUGGCCAUGGCUUUAGCAAAACAGACACACUAGUGCACUGCACAGACUCUAGAUAGCAUGUAUGGAAGAGAGAGCAUUAGAAGUGCUUAAAAAUAAUUCAUGAGUCCAUCCCUCCACAUGUAAAAUUCAACUGGGUAAGGGUUGAUUUAGGUAUGUACAGGUUCUUUAAAUCAAGACUUUAAGCAAACUGAGUGACCGAGCACAUCUUAGAUUAGUGUAAUUAGAAAGUAAUAGGUUGGGCCACUCUCUGAAGAAGAAGUUGUUGUUCAGUGGAUCAAUUUCAUUCUCUAUAAUCCUAUAUGUGGAUUACAUUCUGAUAAGCAUGUGCCAUACAUACACUUACUGGGACAAUUUUUCCUGGGGUUUUGGUCGUUUAUUUAGGAAGAGAAAACACAAAAGUACAGAGUGGCUUUUGUGUGUUGGAGUAUUUCUGAUGUGUGUUUUGUUUUUGUAAAAAGAGAAAGUCUUUAAAUUAAAUCCUUUUACAUCUUAUUAUAAUUAGCCCCUCAAAAUCUUUAAUACUGAAUCCAUCAAUAUAAUUAUAGGGCAUAUUGACUGGACUAUAAAAUACAGCACUCUUAAAGAUUGGAUGGCUGCUACUAUUUAUGUAUAUACUAAGCAUUUUAAAUCUGUAUCAGAUGGAAAAAGUAAUGUCUAAUAUUCAGAAAUGUUAUACUUAGCUUUUGUUCGAAAAUUUCCAGAAGAAUUCCAUAAUUAUAAUCAUUGUUCUACUUUGUUUUUUAUGAAAUGGUUUUUUAUAUCAGGAAAUAUUUACAUAGCAUGUUCUGAUAAUGCAUGAUAUAACAUGAAAAUGGCAAACUCCUUAGCAUGGGGGGUGUUACAUGCUCUUUGCUAACUUAGGAAAUUAAAACCAGCUUGUAUCUGUACCAAUUAAAUGAAAGAGGCUUCACUAGAAAAAGUAUAGACAAACUUGAGUCAUUACAAAUUAGGAGCCACAAUGGAAAAUGUGUUAACUCAUUCCUUUUAUUUAGAAUGAAACAACCAUGUUGAUAGUUUCUUUCAGUGAUAAUUCUACAUUUGUGGAUAUGUGUGUAUGCAUACAUUUCUGUAACAGAUACAUACAUAGCCAUAGGAUAUAUUAAUGUUUUUUUAGUGAUAGCUUACUCCUUACUCCAUAUUCUGCAAUGCAGGCUUUUGUUUUUCCUUCUCUCUGUGAAUUCUCUCUGUGGCUUUCUCUGGAUUUGAAAAUAGAAACUUAUGUUUUUUCCCAUAAGCAACUUUUAACUUCUUUAUUAACAGAAGACAAGUGAUGGGGAUAUGAUGUAACCACAGUCUGCAUGAGUUUUGUUCAGAUGAUGUUUAAAGUAUGUUUCUUACUUUCUGUGAAGCCUCAGCUACAAGCAUGGUAAACACAGCUUUUUCAGGGCAACUGAAGAAGGUCAGCCUUGGAAUGCACCACUCUCUUACUGCUGCUGUUUGUGCUGUUCUUAAGAACUGGGAUGAACAAGAGCUCUGUGUAGAGUAUACUGAAGAAAUAAAGUUUUCAGGACAGAACUCUCCAUGGCAGGGUGUUUCAGCUUUGUUUUAAUAAGGAUAUGUUUUGUUGAGCUUAGCACAUCAGCAAUCCCAGUGUUCCCAUAGCUUCUCAUACAUGUUACACGAUUCAAAGAUGACUUGUAGGAAUAUUUUUAAGAUAAAUUAUGUAUUUCUUACAAAUUCAGAGCUUUCAUACAGAUCUGAAUAUCACUAAUGAGAUGAAGAAGGCUUAUUAAGGUUUAUAUAGCCUAGUCUGUAAUUAAUUGUUUUAAAAAUAUGUGAAUUAAAUGCUAGAUAUAAAGAGUUAUUUGUAAAGUAUGCAUUAUGUACACCUGCACUCAGACCAAUUUCCACAACCAGUUUUGCCUCAGCUUUGUUCUUGUAAUCUUGUGAGUAAGGAAUCUUGAAUCUUAAAACAGGUGAGAUCCAAUAUUGGCAAAUAUUUUAUACUCUUUCUAUCCUGAAUUUCAUGUAGUGCUUUCUGUUGAAUAGUUGUUUAAUGUGGCUGAGUUACCUGGGGCACACACCCUGCAGCCAUGCAGUGUUUGGGAACAUUGCACUGGGGACUGCCAGCAAGCAGCAGCUCUGUGACUGCUGGUCCUUGGGCUCAUCCACUCCAUCAUGUGAAGGGUAGAUGGCAGCGUUUAAGGCAGUGAAGGACUUCAGUUUAUGGCAGCUUUAUGAAACUUUCACACUGCUGACCUGGUGUGAAAAUACAGGAACAAAGAGCAGGAUAUGACACUGCAAUUCCUUUCAUUCCGUUUACAUUGUCAUGAAACCUGAAAAGAACUAGUAAUUGACAUUUCAGAGCAGGAAGAUAUGUUUUGCAGCCCUUCACUGAAUAAUUCAGUGACUGGUGGUCAAACUUAUUUCUUAGCACUUUGUCAUUCCUUCCAUAAAUAUGUGCUGAAUAAGUAGUGUGGAUAGUUGUAGCUUGUGUUGUAAAAUGGACUUGGAUAUUUCUCACCUCUAGAUGUUCAUCCUGCGAUGGUUUUUGCAGCAUUAUAGUACAAUCUAUCUUCAUUGAUCCUGGGUUGAAAGUUUGGAGGCUAUUUCCAAGCCAUCACUAGGAAAAUCUAUUUCCAAGUUGUUUGAUAAUAUUUUAAAUUAAUCUUUUCCUUAUAUCACAUUGUUUUUAGAUUUUAUAUACUCAGUUGAUCUUAUCUGAAGCCUGUCAAUGGAAUACGUAUUGUUUAGAAAUUCACUGUGGGGUUUUUUUCCUCUACAUGGCCUUAUUUUUCACACUGACUCACAGCUGUGGAAUGUUAGAUUUCUAGACCCUUUGUUUCCACUAUGCAUUGUUCUUGAUCAUGGGUUUUUUUAAAAAAUGGAAAAAAAAGAAAGCUUCAUUUUGAAAAUGUCAGCUAGCAAAUAUAUGGAACACUGAAUAAUGUAUUGUGGUUUUGUUUUCCUUUUUUUCUCUAUUUAAUUAACCAAACAAUAAGUAUUGUUUUCUAUGUAUAAUAAAUGUAUCCUGCAAAUAAAUUCAUUGUCUGAUUGUU